CUAUUUUAUUAUCUUGUAGGUGCUAUACUUGGAAGAUCAGAAACUCAGGAAUGUCUUUUCUUUAAUGCUAAUUGGGAACGAGACAGAACCAAUCAAACUGGUGUUGAACCCUGUUACGGUGACAAAGAUAAACGGCGGCAUUGUUUUGCUACUUGGAAGAAUAUUUCUGGUUCCAUUGAAAUAGUGAAACAAGGCUGUUGGCUGGAUGAUAUCAACUGCUAUGACAGGACUGAUUGUAUAGAGAAAAAAGACAGCCCUGAAGUUUAUUUUUGUUGCUGCGAGGGCAAUAUGUGUAAUGAAAAGUUCUCUUAUUUUCCGGAGAUGGAAGUCACACAGCCCACUUCAAAUCCAGUGACGCCUAAGCCCCCCUAUUACAACAUCCUGCUUUAUUCUUUGGUGCCGCUUAUGUUAAUUGCGGGGAUUGUCAUUUGUGCAUUUUGGGUGUACAGGCAUCACAAGAUGGCCUACCCUCCUGUACUUGUUCCAACUCAAGACCCAGGGCCACCUCCACCUUCUCCAUUGCUGGGUUUAAAGCCACUGCAGUUAUUAGAAGUGAAAGCAAGGGGAAGAUUUGGUUGUGUCUGGAAAGCCCAGUUGCUCAAUGAAUAUGUGGCUGUCAAAAUAUUUCCAAUACAGGACAAGCAAUCAUGGCAAAAUGAAUAUGAAGUCUAUAGUUUACCUGGAAUGAAGCACGAAAACAUAUUACAGUUCAUUGGUGCAGAGAAACGAGGCACCAGUGUUGAUGUGGAUCUUUGGCUAAUCACAGCGUUUCAUGAAAAGGGUUCACUGUCAGACUUUCUUAAGGCUAACGUGGUCUCUUGGAAUGAACUGUGUCAUAUUGCAGAAACCAUGGCUAGAGGAUUGGCAUAUUUACAUGAGGAUAUACCUGGCCUAAAAGAUGGCCACAAACCUGCCAUAUCUCACAGGGACAUCAAAAGUAAAAAUGUGCUGUUGAAAAACAAUCUGACAGCUUGCAUUGCUGACUUUGGGUUGGCAUUAAAGUUUGAGGCUGGCAAGUCUGCAGGCGAUACCCAUGGGCAGGUUGGUACCCGGAGGUAUAUGGCUCCAGAGGUGUUGGAGGGCGCUAUAAACUUCCAGAGGGAUGCGUUUUUGAGGAUAGAUAUGUACGCCAUGGGGUUGGUCCUGUGGGAACUGGCUUCUCGUUGUACUGCUGCAGAUGGACCUGUAGAUGAGUAUAUGUUGCCAUUUGAGGAGGAAAUUGGCCAGCAUCCAUCUCUUGAAGAUAUGCAGGAAGUUGUUGUGCAUAAGAAAAAGAGGCCUGUUUUAAGAGAUUAUUGGCAGAAACACGCUGGAAUGGCAAUGCUCUGUGAGACGAUAGAAGAAUGCUGGGAUCACGAUGCAGAAGCCAGGUUAUCAGCUGGAUGUGUAGGUGAAAGAAUUACGCAGAUGCAAAGACUAACAAAUAUCAUUACCACAGAGGACAUAGUAACAGUGGUCACGAUGGUGACAAAUGUUGACUUUCCUCCCAAAGAAUCUAGUCUAUGAUGGUUGCACCAUCUGUCCACACUAAGGAAUGGGACUCUGAACUGGAGCUGCUAAGCUAAUGAAACUGCUUACGGUCUGUUUUCUGUGUGAAAUGAGUAGGAUGUCUCUAGGAAACGUCAGAAAGAAGACCAUUGUUGACCAAUGUUGCCCUGGGAGACUUACUGCAUUGCCUACAGCACAGAUGUGAAGGACACAAGACUAAGAGAAAAGUUGCAAAUUCUAGAGAGAAACUUUUUAAAAAGUGUACAUGAAGAAUGUGGCCCUCUCCAAAUCAAGGAUCUUUUGGACCUGGAUAAUCGAGUGUUUGAAAACUGACAUCAGAUUUCUUAAUGUCUGUCAGAAGACACUAAUUCCUUAAAUGAACUACUGCUAUUUUUUUUUAAAAUCAAAAAACUUUUCAUUUCAGAUUUUAAAAAGGGUAACUUGUUUUUAUUGCAUUUGCUGUUGUUGUUUCUAUAAAUGACUAUUGUAAUGCCAAUAUGACACAGCUUGUGAAUGUUUAGUGUGCUGCUGUUCUGUGUACAUAAACAAAAGUCAUCAAAGUGGGGUACAGUAAAGAGGCUUCCAAGCAUUACUUUAACCUCCCUCAACAAGGUAUACCUCAGUUCCACGGUUGCUAAAUUAUAAAAUUGAAAACACUAACAAAAUUUGAAUAAUAAAUUGAUCCAUGUUUUGUAACAAGGUAUUACAAAUUCACUGUGUUAUUUAAGAAAAAAAGGUAAGCUAUGUUUAGUGCCAAUAGUAAGUGGCCAUUCGUAAAGCAGUGUUUUAACUAUACUUGUGCUGACUUGUAAUUUAGGGGGGAAAAUGUGCUUUUUUCUUUAAAUGAAAAAAUGGUGUCAUUUCCCAUUCCCAUGUUUUAAAGCUUCAUCUUUUAUCCAGUUCCCAAAAUAUUGCAUACUUACCUAAGUAUUUUUUUUUGUUUUUGUUUUUUAGGUGUGCUGUGUUUGGGGAAUAUUUGAAAAUUUAAAGCAUGAUUUAAAUUUUUUUAAGUGAGCUGUGACACUGGAAAGCUCUUCAUUUUAUCUUCUAAAAUAGAUAUUUUUUUCCUAUUUAUAUAUGUAAUAUUGUGUAUUUCUUUUCAUCAAACAGUGUGCGGGACAUUCUUUAUCACUGUUUUAGGAUCACCUCAGGAAGUGUCAUUACCCAGAAUUCCUCACUCUGCUUUGAGACUUGUAACUUUAAUCACAAUACUUCUGGUUGGUGCCAUCUUGUCAGAGUAAUAUUUGAUGUCUGUGAUAUCUGAAGAAUCACCAUAGGAUAGAGGUAUUAAACUUAAGCACAGAUUUCAGAUGUUACUGCUUUAAAACAAAUCAGGGAUAACAAGUUAAACCUAUAACGUAAAAUAUGCAAUGGCAUUUAGAGGUAACCAAUGUUGAUAUAGAUAACAUAGCCUAACUUCCUCCCCCAGAUUGUUUCCACAACUGUGAUAUCAGUUUAGGAUAGCUCAUGCCUUAUCCUUGCUAAGAAAAUGGAAUGGAUGGUAGGUAGGUGCCAAAGUGCUUUUCAAGACAAUAUUACAUUAGAAUUGGAUUCUCCCCCAGAUUCAUACAGGCCAAAGUAAAACAUUAAUUUCUAGAUUGCUAACCAACAAAUAACCAGUAUUAUACUGUAUACUUUUGUCAGGUCAUUCAUAAUCCAUUAAUUUUAUAAAAAUGUUUUUCACAUGUCACUGGGAAUACGUUAUCUUCAAAUGAUCAUUUAACCACACAGUACACUAACUUUAAAUAUAAUGUGCACUUGAUCUCUGGGAAUAAUAAUGAGUUAUGUUAUUUAUAAAUACUACAUAGGUGAACAGAUUCUAAGCAGGGAGGAAAACAAGAGUAAUAACAUUCUUGUCCGUGUGUCACCCACCAGAAAGAACUGUUUGUGCUCUUGGUCACGUAUGUACCCAAGGUCUCACUGUAUUCCUAGGAAUUCUCAACUGCAGUGUUGAAUUCAGAUCUUUAUUUCAAAAAGUACUUGGCCUCUAAAUUUCUUGAUCUGGUUUUGUUUCCACUUUGAAAGGAAUGAAGAAGAGGAAAAAAAACUGAGAAUGUGAAUACAAGAAAAUUGUUAACUUCCUGAAGAUAAUUAUCUGUUGGAAACAUCUAACCUUUUAAAAAGUUUAAAAAAAAUCAAAACAGAAAUAAACAAGGGAUAUCAAUGAAUGUUUGGCUUAUGUGAGCAUUAGAGAUAAUUUUAUAAAACCAGUUAUUCAUGAUAUAAAAUGUUUUCUCAUGUUAAGGUAAAUUUUCUUACAACUCCUGGGUAUUGUACUUAACUCUAGCUAACCAGUUUUAAAACUUAUAUCCUUUUGAGAACUAUUAACAGAAAAACUUUUUUUGUAAGCAGUAAAUUAAGAAUGUUCCAGUGACUACCUGUGCUGAUACCCAGUCUUGUUAAAACUUUCUUUUGCAGGGCAUUUUAGUGUUUGGUUUACAGUCAGUGCAGAGUGGGCAAGUUAAAAUUUGAGCUAGGGAUACUAGAAUAAAAGAUCUGAAAAAAAUGGUGAUUUCUGUUUUGGGGCAAAAUGAAACCCCAGUAACUUUUUCCUCAUGUGUAUGGUGCUCCUCAUGAUCUGUCUUAUAUUUUACCUUUUUGAUACCCAUCAGAAUUGCUGCUCUAACUAAAACUCUUUACCUUGCCCAGAUCUCCGUGUAAGGAAUGCUUUAUGAUCAACUGCCAUAGGACUGAUGGAUUAACCAGUAUUUGGCUUUAUUUGAAGUCUAUGCCCUGCACAGCUCUUGUAUGUAUUAGAUACUAGGAAGUUUUUAGCAUGUGAUGUGUGAUUCUUGUUUGAAUGUUUAUUACAGAUAUCUUGUGAAUUCCAGAACAGAGACUGUGCCUCACGAUUAUUAGUCCCAUGAACUUGCACUACCUUUCAUGGUGAUAUUUUGAAAAUACAAUCAGGAAAAAAAAAAAUCACACCUUUGAAUUUAAAUAUAGAAUCAUAUAUCGUGAAAUUAAAGAAUCUCUUCUGCCCCCUUUCCUCACUACUAAAUAACAGCUACUUUCAAGUAAAAUGCAAAUGGUAGGAAAAAACCCUAGCCAGAUGGUAGUUUAGUGGAAUAAACUGAUUACUGUUUUUCAAAAAAGGGAAAAAAAAAAGCUUUAUCGCGGAUAUUUUCCAAUUUCUCUUUUUUACUUUUAUGGAAAAUUACUUUUUAGGAAUACUUGGUAUAAUGUGUGUAAAAUUAUUUACUGACUUAUGGACAAAAUGAUACAAGUAGCAUCUUGAUUGAACAUCAUUUACCUCAGAUAUUCAACCAGCAGUACAUUUUUUAUGCAGUCUCAACCCAUAACCUAUUUGUUACCUCUCAAAAUAUCGGUAAGCAGUUAUUUUAGCUUUACUCUGUAUUUCUUGUCAGUGUUUUGGGCACAGGUUGUUAUACUACUGUCAAAUCAUACUUGCUAUUUUUUUUUUUGCAAGUAUUUAACAGAAAGCUAAAAAAAAAAGAAACCCUUAAAACCCACCUUGGAUAAGUGAUUGUUAAAUAUUGUACAAAUAAAAUGUAUGCUAUCCCCAUUCCAUUCCCAAGUUAAAUAAAAAAA